AUGCGAUGUGUGCGGACAGUCGGGGCUGAAGAUGAUCCGCACGAGGACAUGGUAGCCACUAGGCUUGCCUUCGAUCUCGAUGGUUCACUCCUUGCCUCGCGGGGCACUACUUUGGGAGGCCCCAAGGCUACCGCCGUACUUCCCUGCACUUUACCCUUACUCUGGCCCCACACCGGCCUUACACUAGUCCCUGGCACUUGUGCAGUACCGCUGGCUGCCGCCCUGCGGCUUGGGCUCUUUGAUCCAUUGGCAAUACACGUACGUACACUUACUGUGCACGUACGUUUGCCUAGCUACUCCUUUGUGGCUCCUGUGUAG